GCAUAAAGCAACAAUGGAGGCCGAGGAAGUUACAAAACUCGUCGAUGGCGUGUACAGGAACAUACUCGAUCGAUUCAAUCCGGGAGCCAGGCAGCUGAUCGCGGCGGGCAAAAGCUACCUCAAGGCGUUGCACGGUGCCGCAACCGCCUCGCGUCUAUUCAAUGAAGCAUUGGCCAAGAUUGCGAUGAACGCCCAGCAGAGCGGAACGGGCGAUAUUGGUUCGGCUUUGAUGAGCGUUGUGAAUGUCAACAAGGAGAUACAGGAACAGCAAAUGAACAUUCUAAAAGCCUUCUACGUGGAUCUAUUGGUGCCAUUGGAGACGAACCUGGAGAAGGACACGAAGGUGGUGCAGCAUGAGCAGAAGAAGUUCCUGCAGCAGCACAAGGUGCGCAUGGAGAGUUAUCAGAAGGCCGUGUCCACCAUGAAGAAGCAGCGGAAGAAAAAGGCCACGCCCGAGAAUACCGAAAAGGAGCUGAGGAGUUUGCAAGUGCUGGAGGACCAGAAGAAGAAGCUGGAUACGUUCUGCGAUCAAAGCUACAAGAAUGCCAUGACACAGGAGCGGCGACGGUAUGGAUUCGUCUUGGAGCGCCAGUGCUCCAUCGCCAAGCACUGGAUGGCCUACCACACCACCGGCAAGACGGUAAUUGAUAAUAAUUUUGAAAAUUGGCAAGAGAUUGCCGCUUCUCGUGAGAUCAUUCCCCCGGCCGCGUACGAGAGCGGCUAUGGCAGCAGCAGCAACGGCCACCAGAACAUCAGCGGCAACAUGCGACGCCUGGAGCGGAUCAAGGACGGAGACGAUGAGCAGUUGCAGGGUCAUGGCGCCCAAUUGAAGAAGUCGCGCAGCAUCGAUGCCCCCUAUGGCGAUAUGCGGACUCUGCACGAGCGGGAGAACAUUUCCGGAAUGGGCGGGGCCGGAUCCUCCCAUUACGCCCAAAACUCGCUGCCGCGCGCCAAGUCCGACUUUAAUCUGGCCUUGGUAGGCACUGGCCCCAACUCAGGCAACAAACACAAGAUCAUCGAGGAGCAACUGGCGCCUUUGGGUGAUGACCAACGCGGCGAUCAGCGGCCACUGGUUAAGGCUCUCUACGCCUACAUGCCCUCCGGGGAGAACCAGCUGUCCUUCGAGGAGGGCGACCGCAUUGCCCUGGUGGGCGGCAAGGCCAAGGGCUGGCAGUUUGGCGAGAAUCUAAGGACCCAGCACUUCGGCUGGUUCCCGGUGGCGUACACCAAUGCAGAGUCCACCGAGGCAUCGGCCUCAGGGGGACGGCGCUACGAGAAUAUGUUGAUGAGCUAUGAACGGAACGGAGGCGGAUCGGGAUCCGGUUCCGGCACAGGCGGCCUACGGAGCUACCAGCAACAGCAGCAGGACUACGAGGCCCAGCUGGAGCUGAUGGAGAGCCACGAGGCCACGUAUCGGCGACGACGCAACCACAGUGCCGAGGAGUCCUCGCCCACGCGAAUGUUCGGUGACACUAUCAAGCAGCAGAAGAAGUACCGUGCCGGCUCUGGAGCUAAUCCGCGUCCAGGUCCGCCACCAACGCUGCCCGCCCCCGUGCCAGUGCCCAGUGGAGAGCAGAGCCAGUCCUCACGAAUGCUGAACAGCUCCCAGAGUUUCUGUGCCACCAAUGGAGGAGUCCCGUCGGCGGUGGAGAGGCGCAAGCAGAAGCUGUUGAACGGCGCCCAGGUAAAGACCACAUUUCCAUCGAAUCCACAGAGGCCUUCAUCUGAAGUUUUUGUUUCGCAGAGCCAUCCUUCUGGCAAAUCCGGAGUUGCUGCGAAAACCUCGCUGCAUAGCAGCAACGACAGUGGAUUCGCCAACGAACCACCGCCACAGCCGGAAGUGGAUUACUCCGAUGAGGAUGCGGCCACACAGAGAGUACCCAUACGACGACGAGCGGACACCAAUUCGCAUACCCACACGGUGCCCCGGGAUGUGGCUUCGUGGACGUUGAACCGCAAUUUCCGGAAUAGCGUGGACAGCCAGAUUGACGACAAGAGCCUUCACCGGCUGAGCCGACAAAGCGGAGCCGGCAAGAUGCGCUACGACCUGAUCGCCUCCGACGACGAGAUCCUCCAGGCUUCCAGUGCCGGCUUGAAGCGCACAAAGUCCUUCUGGAAGUUCGGCGGCGGACGCAGUGGCGAGGAUAUCCUGGCCGGCAUGUCGUUGUGGCAGCAUCGCGAUCUGGUCGCGGCUCCCAAUCUCGAGGAUAUGCGAGACCGGGACGACUUGGAGCGGCGAUCGGAUGAAGAGCGCAACGGCACGCUGACCAAGUCCCACAACUCGAGCUCAUCGCAGGAGAAGCAGGGAAGGGGGCGCAAGGACAGCCUGACCAGCACCGAGCCCUACGGAGAUGAGGAUGAGAACUUGUACGGCGUGAGCCCACAGCAACCACAGCAGCUGCAGCCGCAGAGGAGCAGCUAUACGCCCAAGUCGCGCAUGAAGAUCAUGAAAACCAUCGAGAUAGACAUUGAGGAACCCACAGAGAGCGAGCGGAUGAGCACCAUGCGCCGUGGCCAGUCGCAGGAGCAACAGCAGAUUCAGCAACAGCAGCAGCAUCGGAAGCUGGACAAGCAGGCCUCGGCAGGAGCAGGAUCGCAGCACAAGUCACAGACUCUGAGCCGCUCCAAGCCCACCCAGCAUCAGCAACAGCAGCAGCAGCAGUUCCCUCAAUCCACGGAUGAGGGCGAGAGCGAUGAGCACGGAACCCUGAAGCUGAGCGACGUGAACAACUUCUUCGACGAGGGCAAGGGUAAGGGCCAUGGACAUGGCCACGGGCUGGUCAUGAAGACGGUGAAGCGACAGGAUAUACUCAAGCAGUACUACACUAGCGAGGACGAUGAGGAGUCAGAUGCGGAGCUGAAGUCAACCAGCUCAGACCCGUACGACUGCAUAGUGAUCAAUGAUCACCUGGUGCGCAAGGACGACAAGCUGCGGCGCCACCACCAGCAGCACCAGCAGAUGGAGUUCCACACCUUCCGCUCCUCCACGUCCACCACGGCGACCAACACGCUGAAGAAGAGCUCCUCUAAGGAGCAGGACAGCACCCUGACCCGCAACUCAACCGCCAGCUCGGGCGCCCCAACGGCCACCAUCCUGCCGCGCACCCGUCUCCUCAAGUCAUCCGCCUCCUCCGGCAACAAUAUCAACAGCAGUGCCACCCUGGAACGGAACUCGAAGAGCAUGGCUGGGAGCAAGAGCUACGGCCCGUGGUAUGACUUUUGGGAUCAGGAGCAGCACGGGAUCACAGGCCAGAAAUCAUCGAGUGCCAAGCUGAAGUAAGAAUCGGUACGAGUACAGGAUGACAAUGGAGUUUCGCCGUCUUCUUACCGGAUAAGAAAAUGAGCUGAGAGUGAGAGAGCGGGAAGUGGAUGAGCUGCAGCGGAAAAACUGACAGUAAACCCAUUACCUUAUCCCAACCCCUUUCCUGUUGCCUUGUAUUUUGUUUGUUAAACUUAAGCCAGAGUUACCCUGUAAAAUGAUAGCCUAAGUCAAGCUAUGUUUCGUUUGUUCUAUGUACAUAUCUUAUAUUAAUUUUAAAGCAUACCUAAAUACCUGUGUGGGUACGUUAACAGGCGGCAAUAGCAGAAGCUGGGCCGAAUGUCAGAGGAAACUUCACAGAACAAGGACCUCCUCGAGCAGUUAUACGCUCUCCAUUGAGUUUCGGUGCCUGAACCCAUAUAAUAUACACAAAUCAUUAAAUUUAAUUUUGUUAAGAACUGAGCUUGCGCCCUAUUUAAUUUGUUUUCCAAGUCCCCGAGUAAUGCGAAUGCAAUUUGAUUUUUUAGCAGGCGCGGUAUAUACCGCAACUUUUCCAUAGGUUACUGACCUGUAGCGAUUCCGUGUCUCCCAGCUAGCCCCACCAUAUCCCUUAUUAGAUUGAGCUUCCCGCCGUAAGUAGAGGUGUCCCAUCGAGGCAAUUAGGAGCCACCGGGGCCGCACUUCUUAUCCGGACGAGUCCUUGAUCUUUUCCAGAGCCUCUCAGUUCGCCACCGUCAAGUUGCGGCACACCAAGACCAACGACCGAUCGGCUCCGA